CAAAUCCUGCUGGCAGAAUGGGAGAGAUCACGACAGACCUCACGGCCAAACUGGCUGGCAAGUUCUCCAAGACGACAUCACAGCUCAUCCAAGAUGACAAGCAUCGAGAUCUCCUUGACAUAGUCGAUAAGCUGCGGCUGAGUGGAGUCAGCAAUUAUGUCGACCUCCCCCAGAUAAUCGUCUGCGGCAGCCAGUCGUCGGGAAAAAGCUCGACCCUCGAGUCCAUCUCAGGCGUGGCCUUCCCGACGGCCGAGGGGCUCUGCACCCGCUUCGCCACGGAGCUGAUCCUGCGUCGCUGCGCCGACGCCGAGCAGUCCCAGGUCAGCGUGCGCAUCAUCCCGGACAAGAGCCGCUCGGAGGGGGAGAGGGAGACGCUCGCGGCCUUUGGCUCAAAGUCCAGCCAUUUCGACGACAUCGGGGAGAUCAUCGAGGGGGCCAAGGUGGCCAUGGGGCUCACGGGGGCGGAGGGCGGUCGGCACUUUUGCGCCGACGUGCUCCGCAUCGAGUGCUCCUCGCCGGACCAGCCCAACCUCACCAUCGUCGACCUGCCCGGCCUGUUUGGCGCAGCGGACAAGAACCAGUCCGACGACGAUUCGGCGAUGGUCCAGGAGCUCGUGACUUCCUACAUGCGCCAGCGCCGCAGCAUCAUCCUGGCUGUUGUCAGCGCCGACGUUCCCUUCACCAACCAGCCUGUCACCAAGUUCGCGAGGGAGAUCGACCCCAACGGUGUCCGGACCCUCGGCCUGAUCACCAAGCCCGACCGACUGGACGAGGGGUCGGAGAGCGAGCGGUACUAUGUGGACCUUGCGCAGAACCGAAACGUCAAGCUCAAGCUCGGCUGGCACGUCCUGCGCAACAGAAGCUACGACACGCGCAAGGAGACGGCCGGGGAGCGCGACGCGCGCGAGCAAAAGUUUUUUGACGACUCGGCCUGGCGAGACCUGGAGCCCUCACAGCUGGGAGUCAAGACGCUGAGGGAGCGACUCCGCGAGGUGCUCUGGCAUCAGAUCCAGGUGGAGAUGCCUCGCGUCAAGUCCGAAGUCGGCGCCGGCAUUGCCGACUGCAAGUCCAAGCUUUCUCAGCUGGGGAAGGCCCGGGACACGCUAAAAGAGAGAAGGGACUAUCUCAUGCGGAUCAGCACGCAGCUCCACAAGGUUAUGAAGGAGGCCAUCGACGGCGUCUACGCCGACCGCUUCUUCGAGUCUCUGCCCGGGCAGAGCGACGCGUUCGACAGGCGGCUGAGGGCGCAUGUGCAGCACAUCCUUGACAAGUACUCCAAGGAGAUGAGCAAGUACGGUCACAGGCUUGAGAUCGUCGAGGAGGGCACGUUGCCGACUCGCGCUUCCUCGUUCAUUAUGAGAGACGUGUAUAUCGACACGACGGUGCGCGCGGCCAUGAUUGAGUGCCGUGGCAGGGAGCUUCCUGGAAAUUACAACCCCAUGGUUGUGGCGGACCUGUUCAGCAGGCAGUGCAAGCCGUGGGAAGGCAUCACGCAGCAGCUCGUCGAGGAGAUCCACGGAGCCGCGAUGGCGACUUUCAACGCCGCUCUCUCAGAUCUUUGCGACCAGAACACCAAAGCCCUUUUGAUGAGGCACCUCGUCCAGCAAGCCCUUCACUCCCUGCGCGAUGAGCUGAAGCAGAAGGUCGCCGACUUUCUCGAACCUCACCUCUCGGUCCAUCCAAUCACAUAUAACGAAAGUCUCACCGAUGCCGUAUUCGACGCGCAAGCACGCCGACACAACCGUCACUUCCACCAUUGUGUCUUGGAUUCGGACCUGGCAAUCGACCUUGAUGCAAAAAUAACAAGUUCCCAGCUUUCAUCGACCAGCGUAGUCUCGGCCCUCCGGCAUCUCAGGGCACAGAUAGGGCUCUCCAUCGAAGGUUAUUCGGCCUCUCUAGCAGCAGACACUGCUGCUGCGUACUACACUGUGGCACUGAAGAAAUUCGUCGACGACGUGAGCGUCAAUGCCGUGGAGACGUCUCUUGUGCAGCAGCUUCCUGACGUUUUUUCGCCCCAGGUCCUCUGGGAGCUCUGCUACGAAGACCCUGACCGCAUCGACAUCCUCGGAGCCGAGAGCGAAAAGACGGUCAAGGAUCGGGCAGAUUUGACCGAGAAGCUCCGGGUCCUUGAGACGGGUCUUCGGGAGCUGGAUGCGUUCACGGCCCGAUCUGGCCAACUGCGUGGGCAGAACAAAGAUUAUGGUUGGCGCUAGCUGCUGGAUCCGGCCGACGUGCGCGUGCUUGGAAGAAAGGCGGAAGGGCCGGGGGCCGGGGGCCGGGACCGAGAGCACGUAACCACGGUCCAUCCCUGGCGCGGAGGAUCAGCUCUUGGGUGAUCUGUAUCAUGUAUAUCAUGUAUAUACAGGCAGCGCCUACUCCGUAUCGCUCACAUAUAUUCCUUCACUCUUGGUUGCACAAUCAUUGAUGGGAGAUCAUGGGGCUCAUAGUUGAGUACGAAAUUCCUGCCAACUGAGGCUGGGUGAAGAGGUUCCUUCUACGGAGAGUUGGCGCUAGGCUUUGCCGUCUCUUCGCUGCAAAC